AUGUCAACAGCUACACAUCAAAGUCAAUCAUCAAAUAUAAAUCGAUAUCCUGAACUAAAACUAUCGUGGUCUGGUGAUUAUGAAUCGCUGAAAUUGUUUGUUGAUAGCGAAUUAAAUUUCGAAGGAACAUGGUCAUCGAUCGGUGGGGAGAAAAAGUUGUUUAAAAGCAACAACGUUGAUAUCCAUUGGUGGGCUAAAAAGAAGUUUCUUAGGAUAGAGGGAAAGCAGGCAAGUGAAGUCAAACGUUCAAUUCUGAUGUUGAUUCUGCAUGACAUUGGUUCUGACGACCAUAAUAUUCGCUCGUCUCAUAACAUGUGUAAAUGCCCUGAAGUCAGUUCUGAUAUCGAAGGCGUUAAAUUGGAUGUCACUAUCUUGGAAUCAACAGUGAAACAACAGGCAAAUACGCUUGUUAGAAUGCAGGAAACCUUGGCGAAAUUAGAAGCAUCGACAACCGAUGCAAAAUCUAUACCGUUGGAUCAACUAAGUAAAUCUCCCAAUAAUACAUCGGCUGAAUGUGUUGUACAAUGUACGAAUUAUAAUAGCCCCAUUGCGUCUGUGAUUACACCUACUCGCUUGUAUUUCUCGGACGAACCUGAGCAGAAUAAUACGGACAAUAUAAUCGAAAAGCAGAAUAAUACGGACAGUAUAGUCGAAACCUUAGUAGGACAGUAUAGUCGAAACCUUAGUAGGAAAGUAUUUGCCUAG